AAAAAAUUGGCCUCAUUUUGGCUUAUUUAUCUAUUUCCUGCUCUGAAAAUCAACUAAACCGCAGCUCUCUUCUGUAGCCGCCGACUGUUGUUGCUGUCUCGAGAAGGGCAUGGCGGACCAACAGACGGCGGUCUGCCGUAGCUUGCCGUCGGAGAUCAUACGCGAGAUUCUUUCGCGAUUGCCAGUCAAGUCUUUAUGCCGCUUCAGGUGUGUAUCAAAGUCUUGGCUUACGCUAAUCAUGGACCCCCAAUUUGUGAAGAUGCAUUUCAACAAAGCCAUUGAGAAUGAGGAUCUGUUUUACCAAAGAAGAAAACUGUUAUUCACUGAUGAAAAAGGUGAUUCACUUUACUCUUUCGACCUCGAUGAGUUUCUUAAUCAUUAUCAUGAUCAUCCAUUUCUGAAUGAUCUUGGUAACUGUAACAAUGUUGGUGUUAUUGGUGAUGAUUAUGAUGGUGAUCUAGUUGUCACUAGACUCAAACUGCCCAUUUUUGUUCUGAGUUGGACCUUGGUGUCUUUCUGCUGUGGCCUAGUGUUAUUUGAGUUGGGUUCCGAGUUAUAUGUGGCUAACCCAGCAUUGAGGAAAUAUAAGAAACUGCCAGCUCCAUCUGCAGAGUUGGAUCUUGGAUCCUCAUUCCAUUACCAAUUUGGGUUCGGUUUUGAUCACACCACUGAUGACUUUAAGGUGAUUAAAUCGACGUCCUGGUUUGAUGGAGUGGAUUUUAUUGUCUAUGCAUUCAAAACUGGUUCUUGGCGACAAAUUCAAAGGCGAUUGCCCUACAUAAAUUUUAGUCCUCGUACUGGGAUAAUGCUUAAUGGAAGACUUCAUUGUAUGAUGUGGAGCCUGAAAGGUUACUCAUGGGUGAUUGUAUCUCUCUCUUUAGCAGAAGAGGAGGUUCAGGAAAUUCCACUGCCGCUUGAUUUAGAUGCGACAAUCUUGGAUGACAUGGAAUUGGGACUGUUCUUCAAAGACAGCCUCUGUAUAAUUUAUCCAGUUAGCACUGAAAGGGUAGGUAAAGAUAGAGCAACAAGUAAAAAUGAUUUUUGGGUUAUGAAGGAAUAUGGGGAGGCGGAGUCUUGGACUAAAAGAGAAUUCUUCUCUGACUAUGAACCUUAUUUAUUGCCUUCCGGUUACUGGAAGGAAAGUCAUGUUCUCUUCCGGUCCGGUACCAGUGAUGCGUUGGGAAUGUACAAUUUCAAUGAUUAUAGCUGUCAAGGUCUAUCCAUUCCUGGAUAUCCUAAAGUUAGGGGGGCUGGUUUCUACUUGGAGAGCCUUGUUUCACUGGAUGAUCAUCGCGAUUUUAAUGAGCAUAUCCAGCAUGAGAGGAAUCUUAGCUGAAUACUGGAUGAGGAUUUUGGUCAGUGCAAAUGUAGAAUCUAUGGAGGCUAUGACAUAUAUAGAAGGUAGGCCUUGUGACUUUUUAUGUGGUGUUUCUUUAGAGUUACAAUAAUUACAGGUUAUGUUUCAAAUAGUUUCCCUGUUAUGUGAUAAUUAUAAUUUUCACCGAUAUUAACAAACAUUUGUUAGGUGUCUUAAACAAGUGAGCCAUUCUGAUAGUACUACAGUAGAUAUUUGACAUUGAAGGGGUAUCGAGCAUCUGGGUAGAAGAUUUGUUGUUCCAAGACUUGGUGUAGUCUCUCUAUAGUGGUGGUAUUGUUGAUUUUACGGUAAAGCAAUUCUAGAACCAAGAAAGUUAUCCAUGAAUUUAUGUUGAAAAAGAAUUUUUUAGACUCUUUUGCUCUUGGUGCCUAGCAUACUUUGACAUGCGACUCAUUUUCAAUCUUUUUGAUUGUCAAUAUAAGAUGAUGAAUCUAGUGGUAGUGAUUCCUUAAAAUUCAUUUUGGUGUCAUCAGUUUUACAUUUCUAAGUUCAGUUGUGAUAGUCUGUUUGGAUGAAGGAUGCUUGGAACAUGUGAGUUGAUUAUGAGCACUUGUUGUUGCUUUUCUAUUUGGCAUGAGAUUUUGUUUGAUGAACUUUGACAUAAUUAUUA